AUGAGCGGCAUGCGAUCACCAGCUCCUACGGAGGUUAUGGACAUCACCAACAUGCUCAAUAAGAAAGGUCAAAUGCAACAACUUACUUCCGGUCUCCUCGAUCACCACCAAUACCAACACUCCUUCGUUAAGCACGAGCCCAGUAUGGAGCGAUCCGCCUCUCCCCACGGUUCCGAACACUCGCAAUACUCCAACCCUCACAGCAUCGCUCGAGCCUACCCAUCGCCUUCCACCAUGCACGCGCCGAUGCACAUCCAAAACCCUAUGCCCGCCGCAAUGGGAAUGCACGGCUACCCCGAGAUGCCCAACAUGGGUAUGCCUCACAUGCACAUGCAGCAGAUGCCUCAACAACAAGCGCCGCCUCCUCAGCAGCCCAUCAAGGCCUACCCAUGCAGUACUUGUGGCAAGGGAUUUGCGCGACGCAGUGAUCUUGCUCGUCAUGAGCGCAUCCACAGUGGUGUCCGUCCUCACGUCUGCGACUGGCCUGGCUGUGGAAAGCAGUUCAUUCAACGGUCGGCUUUGACUGUGCACCAGCGUGUUCACACAGGCGAGAAGCCUCACCAUUGCGAGACUUGCGCCAAGCCUUUCAGCGACAGCAGCUCCCUUGCUCGUCACCGCAGGACUCAUUCUGGAAAGCGCCCUUACAAGUGCCCUUACGCCGAUUGCCAGAAGACCUUCACUCGCCGAACCACUCUUACCCGCCACCAGAACCACCACAGCGGCACCAUUGAGGAGGCUGCCGCCGCUACUGCUGCUGCCCUCGCCGCAUCAAAGUCUAAGGGAAUGUCGCACGCUCGAUCUGACAGCGACCACAUGUCCAACCAUGGCUCGCCAAUGACGACCCCUUCCCCUAGCCAGCGAACAAUGUCUAUGUCGCCCAGUGUCGAUCUCUCAGGCAACAACAGCAUCCCUCGCCACCCUGGUGACUUCCAGUACCUGCAGCAGACCGGCUCUUUGCCUAUGCACAUGCGCGUUGGAAGCCCUAACUCUACCUCUUCCGGCGGGUACAACAUGAUGCGACCUACCUCGCACCCUACCAGCUAUGGUCCUCCCCCUACUCUGGAGCCCAACCUGGAUAACAGCCAGGGCACACCCAGCAGCAACGGCGGUAGUCCUCACAUGGCCAACGUUGGCUGGCAAUCUCCUUCCCACAUGGCAUCACCGUCGCAGAACAACGCCAGCUAUGUGUACCCUGAUCCUGCGGACGCAUACCCUACCAACCCUGCCAUGAACCAGAUGUACUAUGGUGCUGCUACGCAUAUGCGUCGUCCCCAGAGUGCCGAGCCCGGACUGGUGCACAUGGCUUAG